ACGGUUACGUUGUCGUGGUGUCAUGAGAAAGAUCGGCUACGUGGUCGCGCUUGCCGCAAUUUUCCUGGGUCUAGGUUAUAACUUCUAUUUCACCUACGACUACGUUCACGUGACAAUCGACAAAGGUGUGAUUCGCGGAUUCAAAACCACUACAUGGCGCGGGGUUCCGUUCUUCAGUUUCAAGGGAAUCCCCUACGCAAAACCUCCCCUGGGGAAGCUAAGGUUCAAGGCUCCACAAGAGGAAACUGCGUGGACGGGAGUUCGAGAUGCGGUUUCGCACGGCAACGUGUGUCCGCACCUUGACGUAUCGGUGCCCAUUUUACGAGGUGACGAAGACUGCCUCUUCAUCAACGUCUACACUCCGUCUUUGGGGCCCGAACGCCUCCCCGUCAUGUUCUGGAUCCACGGUGGAGGCUUCGAGCAAGGUUUCGCCAAUGACGAGAUUUACGGUCCGGACUACUUCAUGGGAACCGGCGUCAUCCUCGUCACCGUGAACUAUCGCCUCGGCGCACUUGGGUUUCUUUCUUCCGGGAACGAUGACGCUCCCGGCAACGCUGGACUCAAGGACCAGGUUGCGGCGCUCCGCUGGGUGAAGCGGAACAUUGCGAAGUUUGGUGGGGACCCUGAUAAAGUCACCAUAUUCGGGGAGAGCGCAGGAAGCGCCUGCGUCCAUUAUCACAUCCUGUCCCCGAUGUCGGCCGGUCUCUUCGCACGCGCCAUCGGCCAGAGCGGAUCGUCCCUGAACAACUGGGCCUACACCAAUAACGGGGCCGCAGUUACGAUACGACUCGCCGAAUAUUUGGGGGCGAGAAACCUCGGCAAGGAUACAAAACGGGCUGUCGACUUCUUGAGGAGGGCGCCCUACUCGGACAUCGUCAAGGCUCAGCAGAAGCUGAAAACUCCGGAGGAGACCAGGAUCCGAAAGGCAUUUCUUUUCGUGCCGACCGUUGAAAAGGGAAUUAAGUCCGAAGAUGUCUUCAUGCCUGAUUCACCUCUGAAUUUACUGAAAUCUGGCAACUUCAGCAAAGUCCCGCUCAUCACUGGCUUCAACAGUCACGAAGGCUACUUCUUUGCGAAGGCGAUAGCGAAACAGGAGAUAAGAAAAGCGGCUCUUGAGGACACGGAGCGAUACGUCCCACAGGAUAUCCAGGAUGAGGCGCUGCGAAACGAGCUGGCCACCUCUAUUCGCAAGUUUUAUUUCAAAGACCAACCAGUCCACCCUGACAAGAUCGAUGAUUUCGUAAACCUUUACUCGGAUAUAACUUUCAUCGCAGAAACCAACUUGGCAUUGAAACUUCUGCUCCGUCAUAGUCAGGCGCCCAUUUAUUACUACAUCUUCGGUCACGACGGGAAGCUGAACCUCGUCAAGUUCGCGCUAUGGAUAGAACAUCUUCCAGGUGCGAGCCACGGUGACGAUCUUGGAUACUUGUUUUAUCAGAGACUGUUGUUCUGGAGAAAACCGGCGGCUGGUUCGGACGAUGAGCACGUGAUAAACACGAUGAUCAGACUCUGGACGAACUUCGCUAAGCAUGGAAAUCCGACACCGAAUGAUGAUCCCUUGACUUGGAAGCCAAUGACCCUAGACGAAUUCCACUUCUUGAAUAUCUCUGGACGUGAUACGAGACUUCAGAUGAAUCCUUAUCAUGAUCGGGCCCAGUUCUGGGAUAAGGCUUACCAAAAAUCAAUGAUAAUUGAUCAUUGACGUUGUAUUUCGAUGAAAUAGUGCCACAUAUGUACGAAUCACAUUAAUAAAUCCUAAUUUAUAUAUUAUGGCCAUAUUGCAUACAUUGUAAUCACUUUUGAUUUGAUUAAGUAGUCAAAAUAAUGUAAAUAUU